AUGGACAUUAGGUCCCUGAUUACCGAUGAGGAUGGAGAUCAUGUCUUCAACUACUCACCGCCCAGAUCUCCCGUUUUUCCUCACCACCAGAUUGAUACCAAGUCGGAGGAUGCCUUUAGGACGAGCCCCGUCGAUGAGUUGACGUCAAUCGUCAACACUUCCGCGAACAACCAUAGCAUCUCCUCGAACCCCGUCUCUCCGGGUCCUCCUAGCCCCCCGCUUGACCAGCCUAAAUCUGCCGACUUUGUCCCUCCUGUGCGACCCAGCAGCACCCCUUUCCUCCGUACCGAGCCUCUCCCUCUUCUCUGCCACGAUACCGACCUUGACGAUGCGUACGCCUUCUCCCCCGACGCCUCGUCGCUCCUGGCUUUAGCACCGGAUCAACUGAGCCAUGCACCCACCGCCGUGACCCUCAAUAGUCUACCUACUGAAAUCCACGAAGCGAUCCUCGACCACCUCUUCGGGUUCAGGGUUUCUCCCCAAUCUAAGAGCUCCGUAGACUUGGCUUGUGUGACGAAGCCGUGGGGCACGCUCCAUCGCUACUCUCGCCGCAAGGAGAUAUCGCAGCUGGCUCUCGUGAGCCAAAUCUGGCGGCCGCUGAUCCAGAGCCGCCUCUACAGGCAUAUCAAGAUACAGGGUACCCAGGACUCCCUCGUCGAGGUGGCCAACUUCUUCCUAGAUCAUCCCCACCUUGUACCCUACAUCAAGCACCUGGAGGUUUGGUUCCCCGUAUUCCAACCCCGGCGUGGCCAGUCCGCAGCGGACGCGAAUUCGACACCCACGGUCUCGGCGGCUCGCGAGGACGGCCUUGCUACUGCAGCGAACUACAAGCUUCCCUAUAACAAUGCUUGUCUACGCCAAGUGUUUGACUUUAUGCGAGUCAUGCUUCCAGGUGUCUCGGUUCUCACUCUCGAAGGUGGUGAGCGCAGGAAGGCACCAAAGGUGCGGAACGAGCCCGCACAUCGGAACGAAAUCAUAACCAAGACAACGCCUAGCCUGUUGAAUGUACGGACCCUAGUGACGAAAGGGCAAUGGAACCUCCUUCGUGAUGACGUUGAUUUCUCCUUCAUCAUGACAUCCUUCCCGAACCUCGUUGAGUGGCAUGGAUCGUAUAGCCGACCAAAGUCUAAGAGCUACCUGUCCAUGGCGAGAUUCUUGCCUAACAUCCCUUCUCACGUUACCCAUCUGAGCCUGUUCCUCGAGGCGGACUACCGACGGGAAAUGUCCACCCCCACCUACGCCCUGAAGGUUGCAAACCAAGUGGACUUUUGCAGGAAGCUUGCUGAGGCGACGCCUUCGCUCGAACACCUGUCCUACACCGGCCGCAUCUGCCGGUCCUUCUUUGAGGCGGCGGCUUUGAAGACGAAUCCUCGCCUGACGCGACUCAAGUCGAUUGACCUAACGGUCAAGAACAUCUGCCGGACCUCGGAUCUUCACAGCUCCGGGACUGGUAUCUUCGAUAUUCUGUUUAUUCAGAAUUUUGAAGCCUUGGUGCUUGCGGCGAUAAGAUCGAUGGAUGUUCUCACGGCUCUUCAGUUCCUGCGUAUUCGAUACGUUGAUCUUGAGUCCGCAGUACCUCCCCUUAACCCGUAUUUCCUCAUGAGGGACGGCAAGUGCACUGGUGUUUGGAGCGAGGCCCUUCUUCGAGAGUUGGGUCGUGUACGGCCUAUGGCGCAGUACGAAGAGCUGACCGAGAACUUUGGCGAUCUCGCGUGGAAUAAGGAUGGUAGGCUCUAUGUUAGCACGCAGGGAAACCGCCUCAGGGUUCGGUCGCUCAAGAUUUCGAGUUAUCGGAUCAUUCAAAUUCCCGCCCUCAAUGCUUGA